AUGGCCCCAAAAAUUCUCAUCGUGUUGACAUCGCACGCUGAAGUGAAAAAUGGACCCAAGACGGGCUGGUUCCUGCCCGAGCUCGCGCACCCUUACAACGUGUUUGGCCAAGUCGCCGACGUCGUUGUCGCCUCACCGCUUGGUGGUGAAGCUCCACUCAGCGUACAAUCGAUAGAGAUGAGCCCCGACGAGGAAUCGCAGAAAUUCCUCAGGGAGAAACAAGACGUAUGGAGCAACACCGAAGUGUUGAGCACGUUCGGAGGACGAGCCCAAGAGUUCGACGCCAUCUUCUACGUCGGUGGCGGAGGUCCAAUGUUCGACCUAGCGUGCGAUGAUACCUCGCAACAGAUCAUCAGAGAGUUCUACGAAGCUGGGAAAGUUGUCUCGACUGUCUGCCAUGGGUCGGUUGCUAUCAGUAGAGUUAGGCUUAGCACGGGCGAGUAUUUGGUUGCCGGGCAGAAGGUCACCGGCUUCAGCAACGAAGAAGAGCAUCAAAGCGGCCUGUGGGAUGUGGUACCGAUCCGUCUGGAGGAUGAGCUUCGGAAGAACGUGGGCGAAGGUGGUGCCUAUGAAGCAGCUCCUGCAUGGACUCCGAAAGUCUUGAUCAGCGGGCCUAGGAGACGCCUUCUAACGGGACAGAACCCAGCAAGUGCUAGGGCCCUGGCUAACGCAGUCAUAGAGGCUGUCGCCGAGAAGUUGUAA